AUGCCAAUUAUUUUACAAUACUUAGCAUACAAAAACGGCUUUAACCCAUUAACGCCCGAAGUCAAAGGUUGCAAUAUGGUGGAUACGUCUCAACCCUGCCAUAUACCCUGGGGAUCAGGUACAAAACCUGUUCAGAGCAUGUUGCUUUACGUUCAAGCCAUUGCCUUUUCGAUACAAUUUCUUUUAUUUACUACGUUCAGUAGUCUAGCAGAUUAUGAACAAUGGAACAAAUACAUCCUGCUGGGAUCAACUUUGAUAGGGUGUUUAACACAAGCAUUACCUAUUCUUUUAUGGAUUAAUCCCGAUAAUGAAAACAACUGGCGUACGAUGAUGGGCAUUAUGAUUUUGGCUUUAAUAUCAUAUGGUUCAUCCCUUGUCUUUUAUGCAGCUGCAUUCCCUAAUUUAAGUGAUAACUUACCGAUUGUCAGACGUGCAAGAGUCGAUCCAAAUAUUACAGAAGAAAAGAGACAGGAAUUUAUUGAGCGAUGGCGUAAUCACGUUUCAGCUAUUUCCACCACCUUUUCCAAUAUUGGCUUUUUGUUGAUGUCAGGCAUUUUAUCGUGCGUUGCUUUUGCACCUUACGGUAACAACGAUACAAUAGGUAAUCAGCCUAUUUAUAACGUGAUUGCUACCGUGGCAUGUGCUGCUUAUUGGGCCGUUAAUGCCAUACCGUAUUUUGUACUUACACCUAGAGGUAGAAAGGGACCCCCUUUACCUCCCAAAGCAAAUUAUCUCACAUUUGGAUGGAAGUCAAUUGUAGUAGCACUGAGGGAAAUACGAAAGCUUCGAUAUUUGUUCAUCUAUCUUGUCGCCUAUUUUAUGUUCAGCGAUGCAGUCUCAACCAUUGGUCAAAUGCUGACCAUCAUCCAAGGCGAACUUACUCAAUUUUCAGCUCAACAGAAUGCUUUGUUCGGCUUUGUUCAAUCCGUUACAUCCAUCCUAGGCUGUUUGAUUUUUCUUUGGGUAUCGAAAAUCUUCAAAAUACGAACCAAAACAAGUCUUCUCAUUAUCAUUGGCACGACAGCCCUGAUACCUUUGUGGGGCUGCUUUGGUAUCUAUUUCCCGACCUUUGGAAUUCACUCUCUUGCCGAGCUAUGGCUAUUAAGUGUUUGGCAAGGACUGUUUACAGCACCUAUUUGGGCAUGGCAGCAAACAAUGUUGGCAGAACUGAUUCCAAAAGGCAAAGAGAACUUGUUUUUUGGCCUCUUUGGUAUAGUGAAUAAAGCAUCAAGCUGGAUCGGACCUGUUGUUAUUGGUGCUAUUACUGAUGCGACGUCAAAUAUUUGGAAGGGAUGGCCGUUUGUGUUUAUGCUAUUCUUGAUAGCAAUAAUAUUGAUUGUGUCGAUAGAUGUGGAUAAAGCAAAAGUCGAACUAAUGAAUUAUGCUAAGGCGGAAACUGAUGUUGCUGAUGAGAAAGAACAAUAA